AUGGCUAAGUGUGGGUUUACAAGACAACAAAGUGUGGAACAAAUAUGCGAAGGCCCAACGUCUGUAUGCAGCAACGAGCUAGAUGAUCCCAGUAUGGCUGAGAGAAAGAAACCAGGUGUUGUUGAUAUCUCUUCUACUUCUCGUUCGGUCACCGGUAUUAGGACAGAAUAUAGUAGAUCCAUCACAGAGCCAAUGAUGGAGCGCUGCCCUUUGGCCGCGAUUGGUUCCGUUGAUUACCGGGAUACACUACAUAUACGAGCAUGCUAUGGCCAAAUUGUGCUCAUGGAAGCUGGCUCAUGGCAUUUUGAAAUUUCCCUUGAAGAUAUGAAGCAAUCGGUCUUCGGCUGUGCGUUUCUACUAUACCACGGCGGCUUCUUGGGUGACGUUCUAUCUUAUGCUAUAAGAAAUCGGAACAAUGAGCAAUGGAACCCUCUGGCUGGGGGAGAAGAUCUGUGUCCCAUCAUUUUCGGUAAUGGAAUGAAUGGCUCAGCCACCGUCCCGUUUCGAGUCCUCGAAGACACAGUGCCUGGACGUCUGAUGAUCUGGCAAGCCGAGAACCCGUACUAUGAGUACAGGGUUCGCGUCGGCGUGUAUGUUCCUGACGGCAAAUUCAGUUACAGAAGCUAG